GGCAUCUGAGACAUGGAAGGUUCCCCGGGUCGCAAAACGCGCGCAUCCACAACGAUCGAGCGAGCGAUGCCCUCCAUGUCCUCGGCGAUGUCUCUGGUGCAGCCGCUGAAGCAGCGCAGCCCCUCCCUGCGGUCCACGGGGAUGCGAGCGAACGGGGAGGACCGCCCGCAGCAGCUGCAGCAGCUGGCGCUGGGGGGCGCCGGCACUUGGCUGGGCACCGGGAUCUGCGACCUGCGCGCCACCGUGCAAGCGCAGCAGCAGCAGAUGGACAGCCUGGUGGACAAGGUGGCGGUCCUGCUGAGCUCGAUGCACUCCGAGGUCUUGCAGGACCUGCGGUCCUUCGCGCAGUCCCCGGGGUUCGAAGCGCAGGUGCAGGAGAUGCGGCGCCUGGGCGAGGCCCUGGACAGUCGCCUCGCGGAGCUACGCCAGGCGGAGAAGCAGGAGCUGCAAGGCAGUGCGGAACUGCGGCGCCUGGAGGAGCGGGUGGCAGGCCUCGACCUCCGGCUCAGCCGGGACGUGGAGAAGCUCCAGGAGAUGGUCAGCGAGAGCAUGAUGUCGGUGCACGAUCGCUUCACCUCAGAGCUCGAGGCGGUGGUGUCGGAGCUGAAGAAGCUGGACGCUCGCCUCGGCUCUGCGGAGUCAGAGGUGGGCCUGGCGCUCACGGAGGAGGACGUGGACGCCGCCUGCCGCCAGGCGGUUCAACAGAUGGCUGAUGCCUUGCGGAUGGAGUUUCAGCAGUACGUGGCGCCCCUCGCGGAGCAGAGCUCCAAGCGAGUAGGGCAGCUUGAGGAUCACCUCCAGCGGGAGCACGGGGACCUGCUGCUGGCGCUGCAGCAGGCGGCGGGUGCCAACGCCGCGAGCGCCGGCGAGGCCGAGCGCGCGGCGCGGCGCGGCCGCGAGGAGCUGAGGCAGCAGGGUGAGGAGCUGACGGCGCUCGCCAGACAGAUCUCGGAGCUGCGGAUGCAGCAGGCCCGGCUGGAGGAGUCCAAGGCGGAGAAGGCCUCGGUGGCGGCCUCGCGCGAGGAGGACGCCACACUGGCGCGGAACCUGGAAGGCCUGCGGAGUUUGGAGGCCACGGUGCGGGGCCUGCAGGCCAGCGUUCGGAGCCUGGAGGAGCGUCCGCUGCCGUCGCCUCCCCCGGCGCUUCCCCCGGCGCUUCCGCCGCCGAAAGCGGAGAACUUCGAGCAGCGCCUGGCGAACGCGCUGGCGCCGGUCUGGGAGCGCCUGGAGGGCUGGGAGCAGCGUCUCCAGGACCUGGAGGCAGCGCGGCCGGGCGCCAGCGCGGCCGCGGUGUCGAGGAGCAACGAGGAGGUGCUGCAGGCGCUGGAGCUGAAGCUGGAGCGGGCCACCGGCGACCUGCAGAGGCAGCUGGAGGCCCAGAUCGCGCGUUUGGAGCCGAGAGAAGUGGCCAGCGCUGUCCAAGGACCGCACCUCGAGCGCCAGGUGGAGGUGCGGCUGCAGGAGUCCGCGCAGAGCGCCCAGCGCCUCGCCAACGAGCUUCGCCAGGAGUGGGACGCGAAGGCCUCGUCGUUUCAGCGCACGGGCGAGGACUUGCGCAGGGAGUUGGAGCUGAAGAUCGAGAAGAAGCACUCCAUGGGUGAACUGGCGAUGGAGGAGAUGAAGCACAAGGUGGACAACCUGAGCUUGCAGCAGCAGAGCGCCACGCAGCGGCUUGGAGAGGAGUUGCGACAGCUCAAGGCGGAGGUCGAGAUCCGCAUGGUGAAGGGCCAGGGCGCAACCCAGCGGAUGAUGAGCGAGAUGCGGAAGGAUGUGGAAGUGGCCGUGGCAGAGAACUAUGGCGCCAGCAGCGAGUUGCUGCAGCAGGAGCGGCUGCAACUCAUCCACGACUUCCGGGAGGAGCUGGAACGCCGCCUUCAGAAAUCGGCCGCGGCCGUGCCUCCGCCUCCGCCUCCGAAGGAGGCCUCAGAGAUUCGAGAGGUCCAGCAGCAGCUGGAAAGUGUCCGCUUGCUGGCCGAAGGGGCCCGGAGCGCCGCGGCGAAGGUGCCUGACGUGAAGCAGGUGGCGCAGGAGGUGGCCCGGCACGCCGCCGCCGCCCUGGAGGAGGACUUCUCAGAGCGCUUGGGCAGGUGCGAGAACGCGGCGGCCAGCUGCGAGCAGCUGACCCAGGAGCUUGAGAAGCGGCUGCGAGAGGUCUCCAGCGAGCUGAAGGCGCACCAGCAGCUGGUCACUGCGGUCACUGCCAUGGCCCCCACCUUCGCCGCGGAGGAUACGGCCGCGGCGGCGGCCAACGCCGCCUUCGCGGCGGCCUCGGAGGUGCUGUCGGCACGGAACUCCCCGGCCAGGUCACGGAGUAGCCCCAACAGAUCUCAGCACAAGGAGCUGUUCCGCCGCUCAGAGGAGUCCCACGAGUCCAGGGUUAGCCCAAUCGAAGAGCUGACGGCGGAGGAGAGCGACACAGAGAGCCGGAUCAGCAUGUUGAUGCAGCGGGUAGACCUGCAGGCUUCGGCUCUGGAGACCUUGCGCCAGAAGAACGACCAGCUGAGCCACCAGGUGGACAGGUACAACCUGCAACAGAAGGUCUCAAGGAGCUUAGCCGGUUUGGAGGAGUGACGGCCCGCACAAAGAAAAAAAGGGUCCCUUGACCCACCCUUUCCGGAGC